AUUGCAGACACGGUCGAGUGCGCAUCGGAACGGCACUUCUGGGAUCGGGUUCGGUGUUACUAUCACGCUUUACGUUACGACUCACGGGUUACGGCUCCCCACUUAAUUCGCUCACGGUUGCGUGGGGUGUACUCCACCAGCUACUUGAUUGCCCAGCUACCGAGAUAGCCAUUCAAGUGUUGCAAGUUCAAGUGCGAUUUGGCAAAUUGCUCUAUUUAUUUAAAUUUAAAGUGCUUCUUAAGUGGCCAAGUGAUCGCAUCGCGAGGAUGUUGCAGCACCAUCAGCAGCAGGCUCAAUCGGGUGGCUAUUACGACUACAAUCAGUCCCCCAGUCCGGGCAGCUUGACAAAUGCAGAUGCUCUGAACACCACUCCAUUUUCUGUCAAGGAUAUACUGAACAUGGUCAAUCAAACGGAGGCCUACGAAGGCGCCUACGGACACCUCGAUAGUGCGGCGACUGCCUCGGCGCUCUAUGGCGCCGGUGAGUACCAGCAGCAUCUUCACCAGCAUCCGCAUCAGUACCACAGCCACCAGCAGCAUCAGCACCACCAGCAAUCCGAGUUGCCGGCCUCCCAGCAGCAGUUGCAGCCUCAGCACUUGGACGAUGGCACCACCACGUCGGCGUCUCUAUCGCCGCUCUUGCCACCCCCGCCGCACCAGCUUUACGGCGGAUACCAGGACUACGGAAUGCCCGCCCACAUAUUCCAGCAUCACCACGGACAUCCUCAUCCUCAUCCCCAUACCCAUCCCCACCAGGGCUUCCAGCACUCGGCCUCGGCCUACAACAUGUCCGCCUCGCAGUUUUAUGCCGGACCCUCGGCAACAGCCUACCAAAGUCCAGCCACCUACAACUACAACUACGCCGGAGCCGGAGAGGUGUACGGCGGAGCCACGCCCUCGGCGGUGAGCAUCAAAAGCGAGUAUAUACCCACGCCGUAUGUGACGCCCUCGCCCACUCUGGACCUCAACAGCUCCGCGGAGGUGGACAGCCUGCAGGCGCCGGCGCAGAAACUCUGUGGGAAUCCCCUGACCCAGCGCCUCAUGGAGACUGCCAGCAACUCAGCAUCGCUAAGGAGUAUUCACAGUGCCGAGGAGGGCGCCAAGAGAAAGGACAACAGCCAGGUGACCUCCUCGCGAUCCGAGCUGCGUAAAAACAGCGUCAAUGGCAGCAGUAUCCACGGCAGCAAUAAUGGAUCCUCCAAGCCGAGGAUGAAACGAAAGCCUCGAGUUCUUUUUUCGCAGGCUCAGGUCCUGGAGCUGGAGUGCCGCUUUCGCCUGAAGAAGUAUCUGACGGGUGCGGAGCGCGAGAUAAUCGCCCAGAAGCUGAAUCUGUCUGCCACGCAGGUAAAGAUAUGGUUCCAGAAUCGGCGCUACAAAUCGAAACGUGGCGAUAUAGACUGCGAGGGCAUCGCCAAACAUCUGAACAUAAAGUCCGAGCCCCUGCACUCACCCACUUCCCUGCCCCCGCCGAUUCCCAAUCACGUGAUGUGGCCACCGACCAUCCAGCAAUCCCAGCAGCAGCAGCAGCAGAUGCAGCACAUGCAGUAGUUCGGUCACAGGACGAAGGAUUCGAGUCUCUAAUUUAUUGCAGUUUCAAGCAGCCUAUAUGUUGUAGUGUAAGGAAAACGCCUCAUAGCUCUAGUACCUUGUUUUAUGUAUAUAUCGGACAAUAAAUAA